AGCAGUUUUACCAGAAUGGCAAAGUUCUAUUGUAAAUUCCCAGUGUUUGUGCUGCUCGUUUUUAGUGUAUUUGGAUCUAGUUUUGCGGAGAAUGUAACCACGACUCUUAUUGGAAACGUAUUGCAGCAGAGUAAAGAAGAUAAUGUUAUUGUUUCGCCCUUCUUGCUGUUCGAUGGCCUUAUGCAGCUCUAUUUGGGCUCUGAGGGUAAAGCAUCUGAGGAAAUCGCUAAAUUUCUGCAACUGACUGGCCUCAGAAAAUCCGAGGCAGUCAAAAGGUAUAAAGAGUGGCAUACUCUUAACAGUAAACCUAACAGUGUAACACUAGAUAUUGCAAGUCGCAUCUACGCAGCACGUGACAUUAACAUUUUGACUACAUUUAAAAAAACCACAGCGGAUAUCUUCAAUUCUGAAAUUGAAGCUGUCGACUUUGCAAACGCCUCAGAAACGGUAUCUAUUGUUAACAAAUGGAUAGCCGAGAGAACUAACAACAAGAUAACCGAACUGAUUGAGACAACUGAUCCCUUGACAAAAAUAUUGCUUCUCAGUGCCAUUUACUUUAAAGGAACAUGGCAAACGAAAUUCGAAAAACUAAACACGAAAAAGAAAGUAUUCUUUACGCCUCGAGGCGAUGGCAAAAUGCGGAAAUCAAAGGUUUAUACAAUGACCCAGGUAAACAACUAUAAAUACAAGUUCGUCAAAAAAUUAGAAGCACACGCCUUAGAGCUACCGUACGCCACUUCGAAUGUUUCCAUGCUUAUUCUUCUGCCAAAUUCUGUAAAUGGUAUUGGCAAAAUAGAACAAAACUUAUAUAAUUUAGACUUCGAGGAAAUUAUACCACGCAACUUUAGGACAAUGGAACUCGCCCUGCCAAAGUUUAAGUUUGACUAUAAGCAGAAAUUCAACGAUAUUGUCAAGGGUCUGGGUAUCCGCGAAAUUUUCGAAAAUGGUAAUUUUACAUUCAUGUCUGACCAACCAAACUUAUAUGUCAGCGAAAUCCUACAGAAAUCGGUAAUUGAAGUGGAUGAAAAUGGGACUACAGCUGCAGCUGUUCAAGUGUUCAAUGUGAAUCAUAAAUCUGCUGUGUCACGUUUCGAAGUAAAUCGGCCAUUUGUAUUUUUAAUAAAAGACAAUGAUAAUGUCUACUUUGCCGGACGGAUGAGCAGCUUUAGCUAAAAGUCGGCUUACUACCCGAUGCUGCCAAGAAAUAAACGCAAAUAUUAUAAAUUGGGAUUUUCGUUUUUAAAUAAAAAUAUAUACAUGCAGUAACAAGGA